AUGACAUUUAAGAUCCGUCUCUGGUAUUUAAAGGAGUGUACAGUAAGACCAAGGAUUCUGGAGCUCUUUCCUAUGUUGAAGAGGGACAAACUGCUGGGAGCCAUUGUCUACUCUGACGGACAACACAACGAUGCUCGAAUGAAUCUCGCCAUCACCCUCACUGCUGCUAGGUAUAGGGCUGCCAUAGCCAAUUACACUGAAGUGGUGCACCUACUGAAGAGGGCAGAUCCUCAGAUGGGCACGGAGAGGGUCUGUGGAGUGCGUUGCAGGGACGUGAUCACAGGGCAGGAAUUUGAUGUCAGAGCCAAAUGUGUUAUCAAUGCCACGGGACCUUUUACCGACGCACUGCGGAAAAUGGAUGAUCAGAAGAACCCCAACAUCUAUCAGCCCAGUGCUGGGGUGCACAUCGUCAUCCCGGGCUAUUACAGUCCAGACAACAUGGGUCUCCUGGACCCAGCCACCAGCGACGGACGCGUCAUCUUCUUCCUGCCCUGGGAGAAGAUAACCAUCAGCGGAACCACAGACACUACCUCAGCCCCGAUGUCGAAGGUGACUAUGACAUAGGCCUAGGAUUGAAAAAUGACAGUAACUUUCCACCCAAAAGAUAUCCUGGUUGGAGGAUUCUAGGUGUCCUGCUUAUUUCUUCCUGAUUCCAGGAAUCUUCCAGACUUCUGGAAAACAUAGGAUUGUGCAACCCUACACGCACCUGCUUAUGAGGGAUUCACAGUGUAAAAAUAUAAUAUCUCUACCGAUACAAUUAUUAAGAUCAUAUUUAUAACAGAUUUUUUUGUACAAAUGUUUAA